AUGGCGGCCCUGGCGGGCGGGGCCCACGGUUCGCUGGCGGCGCAGAGGAGCGGCGGCAUGGCGGCAGCUGCCAAGGAGCCGAGUUGGGUGGACUGGGACGAAGAGGAGGAAGAGGAGGAGGAGGAAACAGAGCAGUUGGUUAUGGUGGAAUUAUCAGGAAUUCUUGAUUCAGACUUGCUCUCAAAAUGUGAAAAUAAGUGCAAGAUUUUGGGAAUUGAUACUGAAAGGCCCAUUCUGCAAGUGGACAGCUAUGUCUUUGCUGGAGAGUAUGAAGACACUGUUGGGACCUGUGUUAUAUUUGAAGAAAAUGUUGAAUAUGUGGAUGCAGAAGGCAGUAACAAAACAGUGCUAAAAUAUAAGUGCCACACAAUGAAGAAGCUCAGCAUGACAAGGACUCUUCUGACGGAAAAGAAGGAAGGAGAAGAAAACAUAGGUGGUGUGGAAUGGCUGCAAAUCAAGGAGAAUGAUUUCUCCUAUAGACCCAACAUGAUUUGUAAUUUUCUGCAUCAACAUGAAGAGGAUGAAGCUGUAGCUUCAGAUCCAGAUAAAUCUUUGGAGUUGGAAGAGCAUGAGACUCAAAUGAAAGAUAAUUCAAACCUGAUUUAUGAACAGGAGAAACCACCGAACUUGGAAAUAGAGGAUUCUGGCCCUCUUAUUGAUAUCCCUUCUUUUGAGACAGAAGGGUCUGUUUUUAUGGAUACCCAAGAAACUGCCUUAGAAAUCACUCCUAGAUGAAAUGUUUCUCAUAAUAACUAGUCAUGAACUUUUUAUAGAAUUUUUAUAUAAAAUAAUUGACUUUGUAGUUCACAAUUUUAAUUUUUGUUAGCUAUAUACACAUUUCAGUUUCUAGUAGUUUAAUAUACUAGAAUCAUUAAGGACCAAAUAUAUGAGUUUUUAAAAAUAUGGUUUCAGGGACUAUAGGGACCAUUCUGUGAUGAGUCCUUUAAAAUGGAGGUUUUACUAAGGUAGGUGCAUAAGUUUCUAUUGCAGCCAUUGCAAAUUACCACAUUUAAUGGCUUAUGUGUAUUAAGCUACAAAAGUGUAUUGUAGGUCAGCUGUUUGAGAUGGGUUUCACCUGGGCUAAAAUCAAGGUAUUUGUAGAACUUCUCUUCUGGAGGUGGGAUGGGGGACUCCAUUUCCUUGCUCAUUCAGUUGUUUACAGAAUUCAGUUCUUUGCAAUUGAAGGAUCAUGGUCCCAUUUGCUUGCUGUUGGCCGAGAGCCAUUCCCAUAUUCCAGAGGCUGGCUGCGUUCUUGACUCAUAGCCCCUUCUCUUCAAAGCCAACCAUGGUCAAGUUCCUCUCAGUCCUUGACUCUCUCCUGCUACUUCUGUCAUCCUGUUGAUGUUAGACCCUCUGUCUUUUAUUUGAUUACAUUGGGCACAUCUGGCUGACUUCCCUAUUUUAAGGUCUGUAACUUAAUUCCAUCUGCAAAGUCUGUUUUGCCAUGUAAUUUAAACAAGCAUAACACUGAAAAUUAUGGCAUGAAAAUAUUUGCGGGGGGGACAUCUUCCAGUCUACCAACAUCAAUAUUACAAUUCUGAGAACAGAAGAAUUCAGAAGUGCUUAAGGGUGAAGGUACAGUUCCUGAUAUUCCAAAUGUAAUUUCACUCCUUUCCUACUGAAGAAAGAUGACUGGAAUUCAGCUGUAACAGUCAUUUUACUACAGUGAUACAACAUUGUAAAGCCAUUAUCCUCCAAUUAAAAAUUAAGUAUUACGGUGAUAAGCUAGAUCUGCUCUAACUAGUAUUUUUUUAAGUAAAUUAUUCACAAACUUUGAUACAGGUUGAUCUGUAUGAAAUUACCAGUAUUUGUUUCUGACUAUAUAACCCAGCCAUUUUAUAUGGUUUAUGCUGGAA